AUGGCAAUCCCUUCAUUAAACUCAUCUUCCUGCAUUGCAGGUGGUGAUGCACCAAAAUUGUUUAAUGAAGAAAAAGAAGAUGACAGUGACCAAAUCCUCCAAAGGUAUUUGCAUAUGGUCUCUGUGCUUCCUAGGGAAAGAGGUUGGUUAAGUGAGCACAUUCACUGGUACCAAGGUUUUUGGUAUUCCACAGGAGUUCUCAAGGGACUCCUAAUUCUCCAGAAACAUUUUCGGGCACAACCAAGUGACAUUCUCCUGGCCACAUAUCCAAAAUCGGGAACAACCUGGUUAAAGGCACUUCUCUUCACCAUAACAAAUCGUACAUGUAUCAGUCAUCCCGAUCAAAAUCCUUUGCUAACGGCAAACCCUCAUGAAUUGGUUCCCAUGCUGGAAUCAUAUGCCGCAGCGAAUCCUGUCAACCCAAAGCCACCCAAUUCUCUCAUUGAAGAAAAUUAA